AUAUCCACACUCACUUCACUUGUGUUUUUCGAUUUCCGUGUCAAGCAAGCCAUCCAGCCAUUAAAUCAAAAAUAUUUAUAUUUAUUUUAUCAUUAAUAUAAUUACAAUUAUGGUUUCUGUUUCUUUUAUAGUUCACUUGCUUCACCAACAUACAAUCCUAAUUCUAUAAAUGUCUUUUUCUUAAAGUUUUUUUUUUUCUCCCUUUUUAUAUCUGUAUUUUUUUUUGAAAAAAAUUUAUAUGCUUAAAAGUAAAUUAAAUUUUGUAACAAUUUACAAAAAAGAAAUGAGUCAUGAAUUGGUGACUGUGGCAUCACCGGGAGCGGUGGCGGCACCACCGCCACCGCCAACAGGUUCAUCGUCUCCACCGCCGCCGACGUCACUAGCACCUGGAUUCCGGUUUCAUCCGACCGAUGAGGAACUUGUGAGAUAUUAUUUAAGGCGUAAAGUUUGUGGAUUGCCGUUUCGGAUUAAAGCUGUUUCGGAAAUUGAUGUUUAUAAAUCUGAACCCUGGCAACUUGCUGAUUACUCGACAUUGAAGACGAGGGACCAAGAAUUUUAUUUCUUUAGUCCCGUAGAUAGGAAGUAUGGGAACGGUUCUCGUUUGAAUCGUGCGACUGGGAAUGGUUAUUGGAAAGCAACUGGAAAGGACCGAUGUGUACGUCAUAAGUCUGAAUUGAUAGGGAUGAAGAAGACUUUGGUGUUUCAUGGUGGCCGAGCUCCUGAUGGGAAGCGAACUAAUUGGGUAAUGCAUGAGUACAGACUUGUGGAUCAAGAAUUGGCAAAAGCUGGCGUUGCACAGGAUACGUUUGUGCUAUGCAGAAUUUUUCAAAAGAGUGGUUUAGGACCGCCAAAUGGUGACCGUUAUGCACCUUUUCUGGAGGAGGAAUGGGAGGAUGAUUCAACCCUUUUGGUUCCCGGUGGAGAGACGGAGGAUGAUAUGAACCCUAGUGAUGAGACCCAAAUUCCAGGAAACGACGUGCAGGAAGCUGCUGCCAACAUGAUCUCUUUAAGAAGAGGGCCUAUGUUGGAUGAUCAAAUCAUUCCCUUUGCCUGCAAGCGAGAAAGGUCUGAAGACUGUGUUGAAGGCCAUGGGCCCGAGCUAGAAACCUUCUCACUUUUCGACUGUAAAAGAUCAAAGCAUAGUGAACCCAACACCAAUGGUAGUAAUGGGAAUGGUUCAGAAGAAUCGACCACCAGUCAAGAUCCGAUUACCUCAUCUGCUCUCACGGAGAUCCCUUUUUUGCAGUCUCUUGAAGCAAAAGAAAGUCAACUGUCCGUCAGUCAACCGUUUUUCAAUGCUGCUACACUUGAAAAAUCCUUACCUCCUGGAUACCUGAACUUUAUCAACAAUUUGGAAAAGGAGAUCCUUGACAUUUCAUCCGAAAAAGAGACUUUGAAGAUUGAAGUGAUGCGUUCACAGGCGAUGAUCAACAAUCUCCAGUCCCAAAUUGCGGCAUUGACCAAGGAGAACAAUGACUUGAAAAAGGCAAGUAGGUAAUUUCAUGUCACAGAAUGCAGACCUAGAUUAUGUAGUUUUUUUCCAACCCUUGGGAACAAGGGCUGCUAGAGAGGUCUAGCUAGUUUGUUUAUGCACAAGUACAAUGUUUUGUAGACAGAUGCCGACUGUCCGAGUUUAACUAAAUAAAGCUUGGUUCCGGACCCAGGUUGUCAUA